GCCCGGCGUUGGCGGCGGCGGGGCCCGGGUCCGGGGUGCMGGUGCCGGUGCCGGGCCCGCAGGAGGCGGCGGGGCCGCCAUGAACCGCGGCGGGGCGGGGGCAGCGCCCGCCUUCCCCGGGCCCGUGCAGUUCCCCGGCAGCACCACGGUGCUGGUGGAGCUGACCCCCGACAUCCACAUCUGCGGCAUCUGCAAGCAGCAGUUCAACAACCUGGACGCGUUCGUGGGGCACAAGCAGAGCGGCUGCCAGCUCUCCAGUGCCGCKGCCAGCGCUGCCAGCACCGUGCAGUUCGUGUCCGAGGAGACCGUGCCCARCACUCCGGCUCAGAGCAGCGGCAGGAGCAUUGCCUCGGAGACACAAACCAUCACAGUUUCUGCCCCAGAGUUUGUUUUUGAGCAUGGCUACCAAACCUACCUGCCCAGCGAGAGCACRGAGCCUCCAGCUGCUGCUGUCGUCCCUACACCACCAAAAGCAAGGUCCAAGAAAUCCUCCUCCUCACUGYCACUGAAGAAACUCAGCUGCCUCUACCCAGGUUGCCAGUUCAAGACUUCCUAUGGUAUGAAGGAUUUGGAACGCCAUCGGCGAACACACACAGGAGACAAACCCCACAAGUGCGAGGUGUGCAGCAAGUGCUUCAGCCGCAAGGACAAGCUGAAGAUGCACAUGCGCUCGCACACGGGCGUGAAGCCCUACAAGUGCAAGCACUGCGAGUACGCGGCGGCCGACAGCAGCAGCCUCAACAAACACCAGCGCAUCCACUCCAACGAGCGCCCCUUCAAGUGCCAGAUCUGCCCCUACGCCAGCCGCAACUCCAGCCAGCUCACCGUGCACCUCCGCUCGCACACAGGAGAUGCCCCUUUCCAGUGCCAGAUGUGCCCUGCUAAGUUCAAGAUCAACUCGGACCUGAAGCGGCACCUGCGGGUGCACUCGGGGGAGAARCCCUACAAGUGUGAGUUCUGUGAUGUGCGCUGCGCCAUGAAGGGCAACCUGAAAUCCCACAUCCGCAUCAAGCACAGCAUGGAGAACACGCUCAAAUGCCCCGAGUGUGAAUUCCAGUGCGGCAACAAGACCAGCCUGCGGCACCACAUCCGCAGCCACCAGCCCGAGCAGCCGGUGAAAUGCUCCGAGUGCAGCUACUCCUGCUCCAGCAAGGCAGCCCUGAAGGUGCACGAGAGGAUCCACUGCAAGGAGCGUCCCUUCAAAUGCGAGUUCUGCAGCUUCGACACCAAGCAGCGCAGCAACCUCACCACCCACGUGCGCAAAGCCCACGGCGACAAGGUCAAGGGCAAGAAGCACUCGCUGGACAAGAAGGAAGGACAAGAGAGGCCCAAGCAGGGCGGCUCCAGGCAGGUGGCCAAGCUGGACGCCAAGAAAGCCUUCAAGUGCGACCUGUGCGACGCCUCGUUCGUGCGGGAGGACUCGCUGCGCAGCCACAAGAAGCAGCACAGCCUGUACGGCGGCGCCAAGGGCGGCGAGCUGGCCGUGCUGCAGCUGCAGAUGGAUCCUGGCCGCCAGCCCGGCGCCCCCAUCGCCGUCAGCCACCUGCAGGUGCCUCUCCAGGCCGGGCAGGCGUCYCCCUACAACGAGGGCAGGGUGAAGAUCAUCGUGGGCCACCAGGUGCCCCCGGUGCAGGCGGUGAACGUGGUGCCGCCGGCGCUGCUGGGCGCGGCGCAGGACGAGGUGCUGGCCGGUGGCCGCCUGCAGCUGCUGGGCCAGGUGAGCGUGCUGGCCCCGGCUCCGGCCACGGGAGCCCAGCCGGCCGUGCUGCUGGCCGGCCACGAGCAGGGAGAGGCCCUGAUCCCCGCGGCCACCCCCUGCCACGAGCCUGCCACCAGCCAAGCCUUCAUCGCCGGCUCCGGCAUCAGCUGCUCCGACCUGGAGGGGCUCAACGCCCUGAUCCAGGACGGAGCCGCCGAGGUGACCGUGGUCAGCGAUGGAGGGCAGAGCAUCACCGUGUCCACGGCUGCUCCCCCUCCUCCCAUCUUCUCGUCCUCCCACAGCGAGGGCCCCAAGCAGAGCUACUCCAUCAUCCAGAGCGGGGCACACACAGCCCUGCUGUGUCCUGCAGACUCCAUCCCCGAUUAGCGCCGGGAUGGGGCUGAUCCCGGCCAUGGGACAGGACUGAGAGUGGCACCACUGGGACAUAACUCAGUGCAGGAUGGCUCCUCCACAGCCAAAUACCUUCCAGAUUUUAUUUGUCUGUACACAGAAGCGUCCUGUGUGUGCGRACGGGGAUACAUUUGUCUUUCUGUGCCUCUUUGGAGAAUCCAAAGAGCUGCUGCCACAGYCCCCAAGCAGUGACAUUCCCAGACUGUGACUCUUGUACUGUGCUGUCUGAAAGAAAAAUCCUCACCUUGAGCUGAAUUACCUUCACAGCAGCCUUGUUCUUUGAUGCACACACAAAAAGCCAAUAAUCUGAGCCAUUCUGGAGUUUAUUUAAGUGAAGUCUCAGU